AUGUCAACCUGGGGCCGCUACUUCCGGGUGACCACCUAUGGAGAAUCCCACUGUCGGUCUGUAGGAUGCAUCGUCGACGGUUGCCCUCCCGGUCUGCAACUCACAGAGUCAGACAUCCAACCUCAGAUGACCCGGCGCCGUCCGGGGCAGUCAGCUCUUACUACUCCGCGAAACGAGAAAGAUCGUGUGGAGAUCCACUCGGGUACAGAAUUCGGUAUUACCCUAGGUACACCAAUCAUGAUGAUGGUGAGGAAUGAGGAUCAAAGACCCAAAGACUACGGGAGCGGGACGAUGGAUAUGUAUCCCAGGCCGAGUCAUGCAGAUUUCACCUAUUUGGAGAAAUAUGGGGUUAAGGCGAGUAGUGGAGGAGGGAGGAGUAGUGCACGGGAGACGAUUGGCCGAGUUGCAGCAGGUGCCAUUGCAGAGAAGUAUCUGUCACUGGCUCAUGGUGUUGAAAUAGUCGCCUUUGUCUCUUCCGUGGGGUCCGAGUAUCUGUUCCCACCGACACCUACUCACCCUAGUCCUGCCAUGAACCCUGCAUUUCUCUCACUAAUAUCGGAAAUCACAAGAGAGCAAGUUGAUUCCUUCGUGCCCGUACGCUGUCCGGACGCAGAUGCGACUGCGCGAAUGACCAAGGUGAUUGAGAAGCACCGCGACGCAAAGGACAGCAUUGGAGGCACUGUUACCUGUGUCGUUCGGAACUGCCCUGUUGGCCUGGGUGAACCUUGCUUUGAUAAACUUGAAGCAGAGCUCGCACAUGCCAUGCUAAGCAUUCCCGCCACCAAAGGGUUCGAAAUUGGAUCGGGCUUCGGAGGAUGUGAAAUAUCUGGAUCAAUUCACAACGAUCCAUUCAUCGCAGCACCUGAAGUGCCACUAGGGCAGAGGACACCGAAGCGGAAACUGGCGACGAAAACCAAUAAUUCUGGAGGCAUCCAGGGUGGGAUCUCAAACGGACAAGAUAUCUAUUUCCGAGUUGCCUUCAAGCCUCCGGCCACAAUUGGACAGGCGCAGCAGACGGCGACAUUCGAUGGAGAGGAGGGCGUACUGGAGGCUAAAGGGCGCCAUGACCCGUGCGUUGUGCCCAGAGCGGUGCCAAUUGUGGAGGCUAUGUCUGCAUUGGUGCUUAUGGAUGCUCUACUUGCACAGCAAUCUCGAGAAACAGCCAGGAGUCUAUUGCCGCCCUUGAAGGCUAUGUUGCCGGUGAAAGGGAGCGGAACAACAGCGACAACUGAGAGGGUAGCGGAGCAUUUGAAUGGGGCAGCGGAUGCAAAGUAA